CAGCCCGCGUCUGCCGCCAGCCGGCUCGUCACCGCCGCCGCCCGACCCCUGUGCUCCGGGGCGCGCUCUCGCUUGCGUGCUUCCUGCCGCCACCGCCGGGACCAUGGUGACCUGCUUUCGGCUGCGGGGCUGCCUGACCCUGCACCGCUCCACUGCACCUGCGAUCCGCGGCCUCCGCCCCCGCGCCGACUGCCUGGUGGCCACCACGCGGCCCUCGCCAGGCCCGGCCCCGAUCCGCCGCUAUGCCCGGGGCACAGAGGGCCUUUCCUCGGCACUGCUGCGCACCGACGGCUUCGUGGGUGGCCGCUGGCUCUCGGCCGCCUCCACCUUCCCGGUGUACGACCCGGCCAGCGGCGCCGAGCUGGGCUUGGUGGCCGACUGCGGGGUGUCCGAGGCCCGCGCCGCGGUGCGCGCCGCCUAUGAGGCUUUCUGCACCUGGAGGGGGGUCUCGGCCAAGGAGAGGAGUUCUUUCCUUCGGAAAUGGUAUGAUUUAAUGAUACAAAAUAAGAAUGACCUUGCCAAGAUAAUUACAGCUGAAAGUGGAAAACCACUGAAGGAGGCACAGGGAGAAAUUCUCUAUUCUGCCAACUUUCUGGAGUGGUUUUCAGAGGAAGCCCGCCGCGUUUAUGGAGAUGUUAUCUACACCCCAGCCAAAGAAAGGCGGGCUCUGGUCCUCAAGCAGCCCGUUGGUGUAGCUGCAGUCAUCACCCCGUGGAAUUUCCCCAGUGCCAUGAUCACACGGAAGGUGGGGGCUGCCCUGGCAGCGGGCUGCACGGUGGUGGUGAAACCUGCAGAGGACACGCCCUUCUCCGCCCUGGCCUUGGCCCAGCUUGCAAACCAGGCUGGAAUUCCUCCGGGUGUGUACAAUGUUAUUCCCUGCUCUCAAAAGAAGGCCAUGGAAGUAGGGGAAGCGCUGUGCACGGAUCCCCUUGUGUCUAAAAUCUCCUUUACAGGCUCCACAGCCACCGGAAAGGUCCUGUUGCACCACGCAGCAAACUCUGUGAAAAGGGUGUCCAUGGAGCUGGGUGGCCAUGCCCCCUUUAUCGUGUUCGACAGCGCCAAUGUGGACCAGGCUGUGGCAGGGGCCAUGGCCUCCAAAUUUAGGAACUCUGGACAGACUUGUGUUUGCUCUAACCGUUUCUUGGUGCAAAGAGGUAUCCAUGAUUCCUUUGUGAAAAAAUUUGCUGAGGCAAUUAAGACAAACCUGUGUGUGGGUAAUGGAUUUGAAGAGAGAACUACUCAAGGCCCGUUAAUUAAUGAGAAAGCAGUAGAAAAGGUAGAGAAGCAUGUGAUUGAUGCCAUUUCCAAAGGGGCCACCGUUGUGACAGGGGGGAAGCGACAUCAAGUUGGAAAAAAUUUCUUCGAGCCCACCCUGCUCAGCAAUGUCACCCAGGACAUGCUCUGCUCUCGGGAAGAGACUUUUGGGCCACUGGCACCAGUUAUCAAGUUCGAUACAGAGGAAGAGGCAGUGGCGAUCGCUAAUGCAGCCAAUGUGGGGUUGGCAGGUUAUUUUUACUCUCAAGACCUAGCCCAGAUCUGGAGGUUAGCAGAGCAACUGGAAGUUGGCAUGGUUGGCGUUAACGAAGGAUUGAUCUCCUCCGUGGAGUGCCCUUUUGGUGGGGUGAAGCAGUCUGGCCUCGGAAGAGAGGGCUCCAAGUACGGCAUUGAUGAGUAUCUGGAACUCAAGUACGUGUGCUUUGGAGGCUUAUAGGAAUUCUUUCACAAAUAAAAAAGGAAGCUUACCUACGUAUAUGGGGACAUGCCAUCCAUCAUUUUAAAUAAACUCAUAAGGCAUCUGAAUUAGGAAUUUUUAAAAGUGUAUCCACUCCUCAUAAUCGUAAGCAGAUGCGAAUCCUACUCCUCCCCUUACCUGACUAGGGAACAAUAUAUGCCUGUGACCACAGACUGCCUGAGAACCAGCAUUGGGUUUAUAGAAUGAAGCCCAGGACCCCACCACGGCUGGAUUCCUACCUGGUCAAUGACACAGCCAGUGCCCUCAUGGCUCGGCAGCAAGAGAACUGCAGGGGAGACCCCUGAAUGUGACUGAAGGGCCUGUUAGGGGUGGCCCAGCCCCCUGGCAACCUGCCAGCUCAACACUAAAGACACUUGCUGUGGAUUUGGAGUUAUUGCUGCAGAGGCCAAAUUACUCAUUUUUUAAGACUUCAGAAAUAGCAGAGAAUUGCCUCUGUUUCUUGAAAAUGAAGGAACCCCUCUUCCUUUCUCUGGGCCAUUUUUUAAAUUAAAGUCUUCAUCAUCCUAAAUUGA